AACGCAUGCGCACCUUACUAUCUUUAUCAGAAUGACAAGUUGUUAACCUAAAAUGUGCUCACGCACAUUAUCAAUCACAUCGAAAGACGAGAGAGAUAAUAGAAUUCUUAUGUGUAACACAAAAUAUGUUUUCACAUUAAUUUUUACUAAAUGGUAGAUUAAAGUGCAAAUUUAUUGAAAGAUCAUAGGAGGUUAAAUGUCUUUCCUAAUAUCUGUUAUACGUGCUAUUUUCGUUUUAAAAUUUUGAAACGAUACGUUAUGAUUGACAUAAGUAUAAGCCAGCUUGUGAAUCAAAUAGACCAAAGCAAUUUUACAUUAUAUGCAGAAUGGCAGGAUACAUAUUUUAAAAUAAUAUUAUUACGCUCAUCCAUGACACCACUGAGUGGCGAGAUGCACACAGAAAAUGCGAAUUAUUUUCUAUAUCAUUUAGAUGAAUCCUUUGACACAUAUCUGGAAAAAACAAAACGUGCUUUUUCUGGUGAAAACAUGGAAGUACAGUUUUUUCUGCAAGAUGAUACAUUUAUAUGGAAACAACAAAAUAUUCUCACUCGUGGAAAAAUUACUCUAUAUCCUCUUUCAAAUAUAUUAAUUAUUUCUGAUACUCUAAAAGAGAUAUUAGAGCAUUAUCAAGGAUACCAGGAACGUAUGAUAAUGUUGGAAAAAGAAAAUGAACACUUGAAUGAAACUAAUGCAAAGUUAACCACAAAUAUAGAAAGCAUUAUAGAAAUGAAAGAAAGUAUGGAGAAGAAUCUUUAUAAGAAGUUUCUUUUGCUUUUGAAUUCAAAAAAGCAAAAAAUUAGGGAACUUCAGAAAGCUCUGAAUAAAGCAGAAAGAAAGCCCAUAUAUGAUGAAACUACUGAUGAAAGUGAAUUGGAUGAAAAUAAAUCAGAUACUGAAGAUAACAAAGUGCAAGAAACUAAUAUUAAGUCUAAUAAUAUAAGGAAACGCAAAGCAAAUUGCAGAGAUGAACAGAAAGAUGGACCAAAGAUUAGUAAGAAAGAUUUCAUGAAAUGUACAAAUCUCUUUUCUAGUAAAAGUUCAAGUCCUGAACCUUCAACUAGCAAAGACAAAUCAGCAUUGCAAUUAAAAAAGUUGCAAAAUGCAGAUGUGCAAAAUAUAACAGAAACUAAACAGUUCUUUAAUACUUCACAAGAACAAUCUGAAGACGAUAUGUUUCUUUAAUGAUAGGAAAGUCAUGUGUAUCAUAUACUUAUUUAAUGAAAUGUACAUACUUUAUAUGUACAUCAAUAUGCAUAUUAAUUAUAUAAUGAAAU